GCGGGGCUUCGGCGGCGGCGGCGGCGGCGGCGGAGGCACUGGGCACCCCGCAGGUCCCCCGGCCGCUUGGUCCCAUUUGUUUCGGGGGUCUGGCUCGGGGCGGCCGCGGGGCGCGGAGCUCCGGGGAGCCGGGCCGACAAGUGCGCAGCCACGACGGAGCAGCCGCGGGACUGGCCGCCCCGCGCCCCCUUCGCCGCCGUGCCCUUCCCCGGCGCGCUCACCCCCUUCUCGGGAUGGGAUUCUAGCGGCGGCGCGGACUCGGCGGGGAUCGCGGCGGAGGCGGCGGCGGCGGCGGCGGCCGAGCGGGGCUCCAUGUUUUCCCCCAGCCAGGAGGAGCCGAGCGCCCCCAAUAAGGAGCCUGUGAAAUACGGGGAGCUGGUAGUUCUGGGGUACAAUGGUGCUUUACCUAAUGGAGACAGAGGACGGAGGAAAAGUAGAUUUGCCCUCUAUAAGCGGCCCAAGGCUAGUGGCGUCAAACCCAGCACUGUCCACGUGAUCUCCACACCCCAGGCAUCCAAGGAGAAGAUCACAGAUAACCUACCCAGCUGCAGUCACCUUCCAAGUGAUGCUUUGCAGGAGGAAGAGAGGCAGCUAAUUACACGUUCUCUGUUUCUUGAACAGGCUAUCAGCUCUAAGGGUCAACACAGCAUAUCCUACACUUUGUCGAGGAAUCAGACGGUGGUAGUGGAAUACACCCAUGAUAAAGAUACGGAUAUGUUUCAGGUGGGCAGAUCCACAGAGAGCCCCAUCGACUUUGUCGUCACAGACACCAUUUCUGGCAGUCAGAACAAUGAUGAAGCCCAGAUCACUCAAAGCACUAUAUCCAGGUUCGCCUGCAGGAUUGUGUGCGACAGAAAUGAACCAUACACAGCACGGAUAUUUGCAGCUGGAUUUGACUCUUCCAAAAACAUAUUUCUUGGCGAAAAGGCAGCAAAGUGGAAAAACCCUGAUGGCCACAUGGACGGUCUCACAACCAACGGCGUGUUAGUGAUGCAUCCCCGAGGGGGCUUCACGGAGGAGUCCCAGCCGGGGGUCUGGCGAGAGAUCUCUGUCUGUGGAGACGUGUACACCUUACGUGAAACCAGGUCAGCCCAGCAGCGGGGAAAGCUGGUGGAAAGUGAGACCAACGUCCUACAGGAUGGCUCCCUCAUUGAUCUAUGUGGGGCCACCCUUCUUUGGAGAACGGCUGAUGGCCUUUUUCACACUCCCACCCAGAAACACAUCGAAGCCCUCCGGCAGGAGAUCAAUGCCGCCCGGCCCCAGUGUCCAGUGGGGCUCAACACCCUGGCCUUCCCCAGCAUCAACAGGAAAGAGGUAGUGGAGGAGAAGCAGCCCUGGGCAUAUCUCAGCUGCGGCCACGUGCAUGGCUACCACAACUGGGGCCAUCGGAGUGACACAGAGGCCAACGAGAGGGAGUGUCCCAUGUGCCGGACUGUGGGCCCCUAUGUACCCCUCUGGCUCGGCUGCGAGGCCGGAUUUUACGUAGACGCAGGACCGCCCACUCACGCUUUCACCCCCUGUGGACAUGUGUGCUCAGAGAAGUCUGCAAAAUACUGGUCUCAGAUCCCGCUGCCUCAUGGAACUCAUGCAUUUCACGCUGCCUGCCCCUUCUGUGCCACGCAGUUAGUGGGAGAGCAGAACUGCAUCAAACUGAUUUUCCAGGGUCCCAUUGACUGACACUCUGACAGUUACCGACUUUUUUGGGGGAGAAAGACUAUUCAUAUAUUGUGGCUUUGUUUUCUUUUAUUUUUUAACUCAUUGGAACGUAAUACACUCAUUCAUCAAAUACUUGGCAUUUCAAACAAAGAAUUUUCCAUAACUCUUUAGUCUGCUCUUUAUUAUUUCUGUUUAAUGCAGUUUGUCCCUGAUCAUCAUCAUACAUGCCGAACUGUUUCACUGAUUAAAAUAUAGCAGAUCUUAACAAUUCAUGAACUGAGGAUGGCUAUUAGAGCAGUGGGCAUGGCCUAGGUACCGCAGUACUACAUUUCUCUGUAUAAUGAAUUAUUUAAGAAUUAAGGGUGAUUGGAAACACACUCUUACUUUUUAAAACCACUUGUGGGUGGUUCAUAAGGAUUUUGUUUUGGUUUUUUCUUCUUUCUCCUUCCUCAGGAAAGCCAAAAUUCUGUGAGCCGCUCUGAGACAGUCAAUUUUGUUCUUUCCCUUUCUGCCAUCUGUCACCUUCCCUGUAGCUUAAGGAGCCCUCUGAGUUUGGAAAAUGUUUGCAAAUCAAACUAAGUUUAAAUGUGAUCAUUAGAUAUACACAACACCGAGUGGUACAUCUGCAGAGAUAAUUAGAAAUUCCUGAUUUUGAGAGAGCAAAUGAGUGUUUACUAAGGAAUAAUUAAAUCAGAAUUUCAUAUGAGUUCCUCCAUCUCUCUCUGUUUAGUUUCAUUUCAUUUUGAUUAAUAAUUCACAGAUUUGCAUUCUCUGCACCCAGUACCAGUAGUAAGGCUGCUCCCAGACAAGUAGAGAAACUGGCUGAGUUGAAGCUGAUCUCUUCACACGGAGCAGGUAUUCAUUUGUUCAUUUAAACUAACACCCUCUUAAAUCCACUGUUACAGAUUUGAACUACGUUUUUAAUCUUUGUAAAUACAUAUUUAAUUUAUACAAUUCUCAUACUCUACCCAUACUUGAAUUGAUUUUUCCAUAUUUUGCCUACUUUUCAGUCAUUCUCACCUAUAUGAGUACUCCUUUCCUGAAAGUGGUAAGAUAUUACUUUUAACUGCUGCUGCUUAAUUUGACUAUUUCAAAAGUUUGAGCCUGUCAGUUUUAAAAUAGCUUUAUUUUUCAGUGGAGAUACUGUUUAGGAUGAAGUGUUUCUGUUCUGAGUUUUGUCUUGGUAAUUCUUCAAAUGAUGUGAAAGUCCUCCUAUUGGUUAUUUCUUCUAUUCUUCUGUAAUUUUAAACCUGCAGACAGAAAAGGAUGGAAAAAUGUGGAAUUGUCUAGAAUAUGUGUAUUGUCAUCUGAUGUGUGUAGAGCCUCUAAUGCUUAGCUUUUGUGGAUAAAGCAUGUCUUUCCAGCCUGUAAUUCUUGACUGAAUGGUGAAAUUGCCUCACCUUUAGAGACAGAUAGAGGUGAAUCGAGGAGUCUGGAUAUCGUGAUUAUCUUGUAAGGUUGGAUCUCACUUAGCAAAAUAUUUUUCAUUCUUCUAGGAAGUUACUAGAGGUUCUAACUUCCUGUGUCAAGGAUGUAUGUUUAAUAGUACAACAUAUACCCCCAAAUUAUGUUAUUAUCCAACCUAAAAGCUUCUGAUUUGCAGAGGAAUCAGAUAGUUGAAAUUUCGGCAGUAAAUUCCCAGCCUUUGGAAGGAGUGGCAGUGCAGUGCACAGCCAUCUAGGCUCUACAUCCUUUUCUUGGGUUUACCAGUUAGGACCCCUCCUGUCCUAUCUCAGGAGGAGACAGGGAGGUGACAUGUCUGCAGAAGAAAACUGUGCUUACUUUGGCUACAUCCAGUAAGAUUCCCUAACAACUGAGAUGACUAAUGAGGUAGUUUUUCAAACUUGUGAGAAAAAAACAACUCUAGUAAUACUUUGUUACCCAAGUAGAGUAAUAGAAUUGAGAAAAGAUAACUUUCCCAAAGUCACUUUUGUUUUUAUGUCUGACGUGUCAUCACAUUGAAAGGACAAUCCCAUCCCUCCCAUACGUACAUAAAGAAAUCGCUGGUCUCAGCCUGACCAAUAUGCCUUUUUUUUUUCAAAUAUGUUUCCAGAAAUAAAGCCCCAGUUGAUGUCCUUCCUUCCAUAGAUGAUUGUUUUUUCAGCUUGUUUAUGUCAGUUUACUACAAAAAAAAAAAGGAGAAGAUUCAGAGUAGAUGAGAUAGAACUCUGAGUAUUUUUCUAGUCUGGAAUUUUUUAUUAAUAAUCGGUGCUGCCGGGUUCAUGCAUGCUGCAACCUCCAACAUUUCCCCUUAUUUGGUUCAGCUUUCUGCAGAAAGGGCUACAGUUAACACUGCAAAAUAAGUUUUAAUCUUUCUGGGUUUCUUUUCCCAUCUGUGGCCCAAAAGAAUGAAAAUCUUUUCAUAGAAAUAGCAUAUUUAUCAUCCCUCAAUAGUUAAUUAUAGAACUUGGUACCUUUGUGCCUCAGGGAACCCAUGUGAUAUAACUGGUUAUAGAACUUCAGGGUCAGGGUUUUAAGAAAGGAGAAAGCCAUGGGAAAAAUGAUGGGCUCCAUUAAGGAGACUUAUGAAUCUGGAUGCAGAAAUAUGCCAGGACUGGCAUAAACAUGAUUGUAGGAGAAUUUAUUUUCCAGCACCAAUAGGAAAAUCAUUUUAAGUUAUUGCACAUACUGUAUUAGGGAAAAGUUGAGGAGCACUCUUUUUCUUAUAAAGCUUCAAUGCCUUUUGUUUUUUGCUUCCAUUGAAUACACUCCAACCUCUGUUAUUUGGAAGCUUAGUAUUAUGAUUUGGGUACUUGUGAGAAUUUAAGUAGCACUUGUUCUACUUAAUUUAAGUGUACUUUAGCUUAUAGAAUUUUUACCGACAGUUUUAUGAUUUUUGUUCCACUACUUAAAGCCAUGUGUUCUUUGUAUGUACACGAGAGGUGUAUGGUCACCAUGGGAUGAAAACUUGCAAUCUUCAUGUGGUCUUGCCUCAUCACACGGAGAAGUGGAAUAUCUGAUCAUCACAUGCCAGUUGGACCUUGGUUUUUAAGCUUUGUGCCCCUGGCUCUCCAUCUUCGUCCCUAUUGUUUAGCCUGUGGGUGAAGCAGCGGAAGUUCCUCCUGCGCAUUGCUGGACCUAAAGCACAGCUCUGUUGUCUUUGCUUUAUGAACCAAAGGCCAGUGAGACAACUUUAGAAUCUGUUCUAAAAGAUGCCGCUUCCAUUGCUGAAGCAGCAAAACAACAAUGGAAAAAAGAAGUUUCAGUAUUUUCUUCUUAGUAAGACUUAUACAUCCUCUCACAUAAAGUUUUGUCCUCACAACGAAUCCCUAAGGGAGAAAUCUAGGGGAAAAUUUUAUUUUCCAGUUCUGCUUAACUGUUUCUAAACAGACAAAAAUAAAACUCAAUGAAAGGGAAGUUGCGUCUUUUAGAGCUGACAGAUUGCUUCUCUGUAUUAAAUAAUCUAGAAGUUAAGAGACUGGUCAUAGUUACCGUGUAUAGUGUUAUGAGCAGUUAAAUUUUAUGGAUAUAUUUGUAAAAUUGUUCUUUUAUAUUUCAUGUCAAAUUGAAAAGUUUAUUUCUUCACUGUUGUACCUGUGGAAAUACAAGCCAUUUUGCAGGGGGAAAAAAGUCUUCACAAACUAUUAAACAAUUCUCACGAUG